UUUCGCUACAACCUCUUCAUCUGUGAUCGCCCUUCUAAAUGCGUCUAACCUUUGGACCCUCAGAUCAUUGAUGAUCACUGACGCCUCUUCAUCAGUUUCGACGCUGCCAGCAUCACCCACUUCGUCUUCCUCGCCCUGCUUGAGAAUCUGCACUGAAGCGGCCCCACGUCAGCGCUUAAUUUGAGCGACAGCAUUGUAUUUCAUUCCGGCCGGGUUGAGUACGAGAGACGUUCUACCGACAAUGGUGUUCAAGGAGUUACGCAGAGCUAAAGAUCUUAUCAGUGCCGUAGGUGACAAAGUGCUCAACUCUCUAGAUGGCGACUUGAAGUUAGCCGAGGAAGGUUAUGAAAAUAUGCCGCGGCGGUCUGUGAUGUCGAUGCUGGUGCACUGCACCUAUUUCCGGGACUUAAGUAGACUGGAAACUGCCGCUUCUUGGAUCAUGGACUAUACAAAUGAUCGAGCUAAGGAAUACGGGGAGGAGCACUGGGAUACGUAUCGGUGUGGGGCAACCGAGCUGGUUCUCAAAGCAUUGGGUCUGGCGUUCUUUUGCCGUAAGCGCUCACAUCGCAAUCCCAGAGCCCCAGAGUUGGCAAUCGUGCUGCGGGGUACCAUACCUACUAGGGAUCUGGACUUAUUGGCGGAUUUGAGGAUUGGCGUGGAGAGCCUGAACAAAUCCGGUCGAGUUCUUCGCACCGUGGAGUUAAUUUUGCAGGUGGUGGAGAAGUUCCGAAAGGAGAAACCAAAUGGCGAAAUCUGCAUGGCCGGGCACUCGCUCGGGGCAGCGAUUGCUCUCAUCGUCGGCGGGUUUCUGUAUUCCACUCACGGCAUCAACAUCGACACACAUCUGUUCAACCCUCCUCUGAUGACGCUGGUGGAUGUUCUCAGCGGAGGGGCUUUUCCCAGACCGACGGCUCCAGCUAAUUUCGAAGGAGCUGAUCAUGUUCCAGAACUCGAAGUGGGGUUCACGCAGUUGAAAGACGCGUUGGUUGGGAACCAAUCAGCGGUGCACAACGAAUGGGAGCAGUUCCAGAAGUUGCAGCACUGGGUUCCUCACUUUUACCUAAACCCUGGAGAUCCAUUCUGCUACCGGUACAUCGAGUUCUACAAGCCAGGGAAGAGAGUGCGAACUCCCAGAGAUGUCAUCUCCCCGCAAGGUGUCCUUAGCGGCCUCUUCACCCCAAACGCAACAUACUUCAAAAAUGUUGUGCCUUCAGCGGAUGUGCACGUCAGCACCUGGAAAAAAGAGAGCCUUAGACUUGCGCAUAGUCUUCGGCAGUGGCACAAGUACAAGCCUGAAUAUAUCGGGCUCCAGGAGGUUCACAGGGCUCGUCUACUUCUCCCAAGCGACCGCUGCUAUAUUAGAAGCAAGUGAACUUGAGAGGUUUAGAUAGAAAGAAUAUAUUACCUUUUUGAAAAUUGAGUGUACACUGUUAAUAUUCUAUUGAGGGAGGUGCGACCGUUUAGGUCUCGCAUAUUUGACUAGUUGAGACGUUUCAUUUAGUUUGUUCGUUAUGUUUGGUUAGUCACUGUUCUUGUUUCCAACAUGCUAGUAUCGGAGAUGAGAUUUAGACGAGAGUAUGUUGAGGUCUACAGAUCCAAACAGCUUUGAGGGUGUCUAUACCAAGUCACUGUAACAUCAAAAUCUUAGUGGCAGGAGAGUCAGUGCAAAUGCGACAUGCAACUAGAUUUUUCUCCUGUUGUGGGGUAUGCUAUUCCCUACAAUCGAAUCGUGGAUCAACUUUUGCGUUUUGAAGCUUUCUUUCAAAAGCUUCAGAUAAUGCAAGAGGUUUCGAAGUGCUUUCGUGGGAUUGAAGGCUGCGCACCCAGUUACAGGAAAUGAUCCUGGUCGGUAUUGGAGAAUCUGGACCUUGACUGGGCUUAUCAUCCUUGGAUGUUUUUCAUCCAUACCAAAAUUGCCUGUAUGCCCAGCCUCAUACUGCGCCCGCUGCCCUAACAUGCUCGGCUCCUGCCUGCCAGCAAUGAGGCCUGCCUGCCCAGGAUUAGGGCUAUAUGAACACAUAUAUAUUGUAAUUAGAAUAUGAUAAACUGAAUCUUAGUGGCAGGAGAGUUAGCGCAAAUGCUACUUGUUACUUAUAUUAUUAUCUUGUAGCCCAAGCACAUUGAGAAAUCCAGCAUUGUGAGAUUAAUCCUGAA